AUGUCAACAAUACGUCUUUCCAAAGAUAAUAUUCGCUGGAUGCUGCAUAGUAGAACUUGCACAGACGAGAAACGUCAACCGCGCAAAAUAUGCCGAGAUCCAAGAUGCCUAGCGCUAAAGCAAAUAAAGCAACAUGUUCACGCCUGUAGACGUGGUCAAUCCUGUCCGAUACCUCUCUGUGCAACGAUUGCCGUAUGUAAAGAACAUUUUGAAUCAUGCGUUGAUGACCGAUGCUUUACGUGCAAAGAUAUGAAAUAUGCUUUUUACAAGAGAGUCAUUCCUAACGUGGAAAUUUAUCCCCAACCCCCUUCGAGAAAUUUUUAUCUCAGUCUCGAGGAUAGAGGUGAACUAAUUCGUGAAAUUGUUGAAAAUUUUUAUCCGAAUGCAGAUUACAGUGAUCUUCAAGAUGAGAAGUUGGCAACUGCACUUGAACGCGCGCGGAUUAUUGAAUCCCAAGGCUAUCAAUGGGCGGAAACGUUAACGGCCUAUGAUCUUUUUAUACAUCGUGAAGCCAAAAGAAUCAUGGGUCCGGAAAACUGCUAG